AUGCCACCGCCAUUGAAUUCAUUCUCGACAUUGUUAAGCACGAAAGCAAAGCCUUUUGCAAGUAAAGCCAUUGGCCGUCCCAUUUCAACCAACGUACUUCGUCAGCAGCAGCAGCAGCAGCAGCAGCAGCAGCAGGCACCUUACGUCGCGCCCGCUCUUAACAAUAGUAGCGUUACUAAAAAACCUAUUAUCACAGAAACGUCAGUCUUGAACACUUUUCCGAGGCCUAAUCUUCAACCUACACUGCUUAAUUCACAAUGUUUUACUUUGCAAGCUAUGAAAGCGCUGGCCCCUCUUCAAACUUGCUUCAAUUGUAGUGGACCUCACUCUACCGAAUUCUGCCCUUGUUAG